AUGUGGCUGGCCGCACCCACGAUGCACGAAUUCCUCCUCACAGUGCUCGUCGCCUUCUUGGCCGUCCUCUUCCUCUGGCGCGCCCCGGUUACUCUGGCGACUUCGGCCGUCCAGCAGCUACUCACAAGCCCACAUGCGGGAGACCUUCUUCGAUUCGUCUUCCUCGGCACUGUUAUGGAGGCCGGCCGCCAGCUCGUUUCCAUGCUGCAAGUCUCGUUUACCGACUUCUUCCGGGUGCAGGCAGAGUUCACGACGCUGGACUUUGCAUACGACUGGUGCACCGUCUACCUCGAUAGCCAACAUGUCUGGCACUCGAGCCGGGCCUUCAAGGUCAUUGCGCGGAACGCCAACGCCGGGCUCCGUCCCCUCCCAUUUGGAAAGCCGGCGCUCGGGGAGAAAGACGGGCAUCCCGACCCCAUUUACGAGCCGACACAGAUGACACCCACGCUGUUUCGCUGGCGCGGGUACUGGAUCACUGUGACGAAAACCACGGCCGGGUAUGCCCACUAUGACACGGGCGAAGAGGUUGGGGGCAGGCUUAUCAUCGCCAUCUGGAGCCGCAAACGGCAGAUCUUGGAUGACUUCGUGGAUGCUGCACGCGAGUUCUACGUGCAAUCCAGCGUUCUUCCGCGGCGUGUGAACGAAUUGGAUAAGGAGCCCAGCGGUGCGCUCACUCGAGCGACCUUCAACCAAUCGGACAGCGCGUUCGACUGGAUGCUCGCCUACCUCCGUUCGACAAAAGCCCUCGCAGGUGCAACACACUUCACGAUUAGCACAAAGCAGUCCGACCUCAGCUGGGCGGAGGGGCCGAAUGACGCUGUACGAUAUCUCCCGGGGAGCGAUACGAGGCAACAAGUCCUGUUCACGAGCCCCAAUACCGGCCGCAAGACCUGGCUUCAAGUCGUCAUCAACGCCGGCCAGCUGAACUGGACAACGAACAAUUAUGUCGGCGGGUCCAUCAGUGUCACAUUGUACAGCUCGGAUAGGACCGUCUUGCAAGACCUGAUCGAGACGGCGCGGCAGACGUAUCUUCAACAUGGGGCAUCCCGAGUCACUGUGCAUCUUGCGGAUAACCGCGGAGAGUGGGCGAAAACUGUGACCAAAGCCCGCAGGCCGAUGAAUACCCUUAUCUUGCCGGCGCAAGUCAAGGAGACACUGCUGCAAGAUGCGACCGAUUUCUUGGCCAGCGAAGAGUGGUACAACAAUGCGGGAAUUCCGCACCGGCGCGGAUAUCUUCUCUAUGGGGAGCCUGGAACGGGUAAAAGCUCGACGAUCCAUGCCCUUGCUGGCGCGCUGGGCCUCGAAAUAUACUUCGUCUCGCUCGCGAACCCCGGAGUCGACGACUACUCGCUGGCGAAACUGAUAAGCGACACGCCGGCACGGUGCAUCAUGCUGAUUGAGGAUAUCGACUGUGCAUUCCCGUCGCGUGAUAAGGACGAGGAUGAUGACGAGGAGGACGAGAUGCAACAGCCCGUAUUUGACCAGAGCGGGCGUCCGCUGCCGCCGCGCAACGCCCCUCAGCCCAUCAUCCCACGGUCGAGCGUCACGCUUUCGGGCCUGCUUAACGUCUUGGACUCGGUGUCGAGUGAGGAAGGUCGGCUGGUGUUCGCUACGACAAAUCAUAUUGAAAAUUUGGACUCGGCACUGAUACGCCCGGGAAGGAUGGACGUCAAGAUCCAAUACCGGCUGGCCGAUUCCGACCAGCUCUGUCAGAUGUUCAAGCGAUUCUUUCCCGCAGUUGCGGCGUCGCUUGAUGCGGAUGCGUUAGCGAUGGCCUUCGCUCAGGCGAUUCCGCCACACACCUACUCCAUCGCACACGUGCAGGGGUAUCUCCUCACGCAGAAGCGCGAUCCGGAGGCCGCGGUCGCCGGCAUCGCGGCGUGGGUCGCGCAGCAGGAGGCGGAGAAGGCGGCGCUCGCCGAGGCCAAGGCGAAAAAACGCGAGGACAGACGGCGCCGGCGGAGGGAACGAGAGGCUCAACUUGAGAAAGAGAGAGACGAAGAGCGCGCCAAGAGGAAUGGACAUGCGCAUGAGGGGUCUGUCAGUGGGGAGGAGGAAGGUUCUACAGGUGAUGCUGUUAACGGUGUAGCAGUCUGA